AUGACGUUCAAACGGGGUAGAAAGUCGAUUUAUAAUGGAAAUGUUGGCGACAAUGAUAGUAGCAGUUCAACUUUUCCAAUAUCAACCUCUUCGUUGUCACCUACAUCGGAAUAUAAUGGAACCAGUAUCAGCAUUAAAGACUAUGAUGAUGAUAGCGUUAAUAAUAACACACAGAACAAGGAUAGAAAAAGCGUUACGAAAUUAAUAAGAUAUAAUGAUAACAUUUCGUCGGAAAUAUAUGAAAUCGAUACUAACGAUAAAGAAUUACAGGAAUGUAUAACUAAAAUAGUAAGCAAAACUUUGAAGCGGAAGUCGAAUGACCAAAUUAUAAUUGAAGAAACUCAAGCCAAAAAACUUCCUAGCAACGUUAAAAUGUGGUCUCCAGACCAUGUUAAAAAAUUUCUCGAGUCCCGUAUGAAUAAUUCCGAUUUCAAUGAAAUCGAUAUUAAAAAGAUCCGAGAUAAAAAACUCACUGGUAGAGCUUUUCUUCGUCUUACUGAGGAAAAGUUAACUCGUAAAGAUGGCCUUUACGAACUGAAUCCAAGUCCUGCUGAAGGAAUCAUGGAACUAGUCGAAGAACUUAACAAACUUAGGUAA